AUGGCCAAACCAUUUUCACCAACUAUAGAGUUCACUGUGAGGAGGUGCCAACCAGAGCUGGUGGCUCCGGCCAAGCCUACCCCUCAUGUGGUUAAGUUACUCUCUGACAUAGAUGACCAAGCAUCUCUAAGAUUUCAAAUUCCAUUAUUCUUCUUUUAUCCUCACAAGCCUUCCAUGGCAAGAAAGGACCCUGCUAAGCUUAUAAAAAAAGCACUCGCUAAAACCCUAGUCUUUUACUAUCCUUUUGCAGGUCGACUUAGGGAAGGGCCUGGUCGCAAACUUAUGGUAGAUUGUAAUGAAGAAGGAGUCAUUUUCAUUGAAGCUGAUGCAGAUGUUUCUCUUCACCAAUUUGGUGACCCUCUUAAACCUCCAUUCCCUUGCUUUGAAGAGCUUCUUUAUAAUGUCCCUGGUUCAGAAGGAGUCACUAAUUGUCCCCUCUUACUCAUACAGGUUACACGUCUGAAGUGUGGUGGAUUCAUUUUCGCUCUUCGCUUAAACCACACUAUGAGUGAUGGUGCUGGUCUUGUUCAGUUCCUCAAGGCUUUAGCUGAGAUAGCACAAGGUGCUUGUGAACCUUCAAUCCCUCCAGUUUGGCGCAGAGAGUUACUAAUUGCGAGGGACCUACCUCGUAUUACAUGCAGCCAUACCGAGUACGAUGAAGUGCCAAAUGAUGACGAUGAUGAAACAAGAAACGAAGACAUGGUCUACGAUUCUUUCUUCUUUGGUCCUAACCAGUUAAAAGCCAUUCAUCGAUUGUUCCCUCAUCACCAACAUCAUCAAAACUCUACCUUUGAAGUACUCACAGCAUUCAUAUGGCGUUGUCGCACCAUAGCUUUACGGCUCGAACCACACAAGGAGGUUCGUUUCAUGGCCACUAGAAAUGUAAGGGGUAUACAGUCGAACCCUCCAUUGCUACCAUCGGGUUAUUACGGCAACGGUUUCGUGUUCCCGGCCGUCGUCACCACCGCCGGAAAACUCUGCAGAAACUCAUUUGGGUAUGCUUUAGAGCUGGUCAAGAAAUCAAAAGCUAUGGCAACAGUAGAGUACAUACAAUCUGCAGCAGAUCUCAUGGUGAUUAAAGGACGGCCUAGUCUUACUCCCUUAAGGGCUUGGGCUGUGUCUGAUGUAACCCGUGCUGGUUUUGAAGACGUUGAUUUUGGUUGGGGUAAGGCAAUAUAUGGUGGACCAGCAAUGCCUGGUGCUGGAGACUUCCUUGGAGCAAGCUUCUUUGUUCCACAUAAGAAUGCAAAAGGAGAAGAAGGCAUUGUCGUACCAAUUUUCUUGCCACGCAAAUCUAUGAUGAUAUUUAUGAAAGAGUUAGAGAACAACAUGAUAAUUAGCAAACUAUGAUAACUAGCCAGAGAUCGUGCUUUGUGAUUCACCUGAAGUUUGUGUGUACGCAUGUAUAAGCGUUCAUAAAUAUGAACUUAUGGACAUAUAGGAGGCAAAUC